AUGUCCCAGCAGCUUCAAGAGCGGUUUUCACAAGGUCCUCAGGAAGAUCCCGAUUCUUCUCUUCCAUUAGAUCCCACUGCCAUCAAUUCCACAGGUCUUGACGAUACACCACUUCCAGAUCCAACAGAGGUUUCCGCUCGUCCCCGUCGCGCACAAGUCAAACUUACUGCUGAAAAACUGCUCUCCCCGAAAGGUCUGCCCAAGAUCAUGAAAGAAGCUCCAAAAAAAAUUCGCUUCUCCAAGCGAAGGUCCUCAUACGAAAAUCUUACACAGUUUCUACAAUUCUACCAACUUUGGGCCAACGAUUUGUUCCCCAAGGCAAAAUUUCGGGAUUUUGUGACCAUAAGUCGUACUCUUGGUAAAACUGAUAGGGAACUCAGGGAAUACAGAAUUGAACUUGUGCGUCAAGAACUUGGGUUCUCCUCGGUAGGUGAGCCUGAGUUGGAAACUGAAAGUCUGGGCGAAACGGUGCUGCCACCGAACGGGAAUCAAAAUAUGCCCCCUUCGGAGCCACCUUCUCCGCAGAGACAAACCGUUUCUGUUCCAGAAAACAGUCGAGAUCCUGCAAUUGAUUCUGCGUCUGAUGACGACAUGAUUUACGACCGCAGCCGCAUUGGCGAAUCACAAACCACUGAAACUACUGGAAUCGCACAAAAACAGUUACCAAAAGUGCGACAAGAAUUGAACUCUUCAGGGAUUCCAGAAAUUCAGGACGAAACGGAAUUCCCACCAGAACUUUUGGAUCCUACAGCUACUCUAACACAGGCAUCUCAAGCUGCCAAUAAGAUACGACAAGACGAUGAGAAUCAAGACGAAGAUGAAAUGGACUUAAUGCGCGAGUUUGGUAUGUAG